CGGUACCGGCUCCAUCCCCCCCUCCCCCCCAGCCAGGCGGAUGUGCUUCAGGAAGCGACCGGGCUCCGGUGCUGCCCAGAUUGGUCCUAAAGCCCCAAAUGCUCCUGGCAUAAACAAAAGGGAGGUUAUAGCAGAAGCCUCAAAACAUGGUCUCCAUGGAGGAGCUAUAUGAAAGCGGACCAAUGAUGUGUACCGUGCUAUAUAAUUACACAGGGCCUGACCCCAGCGAGUCUCCCAUGUCACGAUAUGACAGGAAGCAGCCCACCCGGAACCACCGGAACAAUCCCUGCUGCCUCUGCUGGUGUUGUUGCUGCAGCUGUUCCUGGAAUGACGAGCGCAACAGACGUCGGAGAUUAUCACGAGACACCAAGUUGGAGGUUGUCGCUCACUGUGAGGUCUGCUCAAAACCAUCCUCAGAAGAGGUGCACAGCUGGUCUCAUUCAUUCGAGAAGCUGAUGAAGAACCCGGCUGGUCGCAACGUGUUUCGGGAGUUUCUCCGCACAGAGUACAGUGAGGAGAACAUGCUGUUCUGGCUGGCAUGUGAGGAGCUGAAGAAAGACAACUGCAAGCAUAGCAUUGAAGAACAGGCACGCAUGAUCUACGAGGAUUAUAUUUCCAUUCUGUCUCCCAAAGAGGUCAGUCUGGAUUCUCGGGUUAGAGAGGUGAUCAACAGACGGAUGCAGGAGCCCUCCUCUCACACGUUUGACGAUGCCCAGUUGCAGAUAUACACCCUGAUGCACAGAGACUCCUACCCACGAUUUCUUAACUCGGGCAUUUACAAAUCCAUGCUCCAGAACAUUUCACGCUCCAAUUCGGAGUCAUAGGUUUGAACCACUUCAGGGGCUGCAGAGACUGGUCGAUACGCACAUUUUAUACAAGCUGUUGGGAGCAAGAAGGGGAAAUUUAAGGGGCAGUUGGCGCACGUCCUGUUUCCUCCAGCCACUUUCCAAGAUCCAUCCUGCCUCGGAAUGCAGAGCGCCGCAGAGCCUCAGCCCCCCAUAGCUUAAGGAGAAUUUAACGACGACGCCUUCACCUCACACCUCUCCUGACCUCCCUCUCCCCCUCUGUUUACUGUGUGCAGGAAGACAAUGGGGCAUUAGGUACUGUAUGGGGGGAACUUACCUCAGGACGUAAAUACUACUGAACUCCCCAGGGGGGGUCCUGAGAGGAGAGGGGUCCAAAUAUUUCAUAUAGUAAUGCCUUUCUUGAUAGAAAGGGCUAAGUAUGGGAGCUUGGGGAGGGAGGCGGGUUGGAAGUGUGCUUUAUGAGCUCCAGGCUUCGAAGUUCAGUACUGGAAGAAAUAGAGAUGUGAAAUGCUCUGGUACCCCCUCCUUGUUCAGUGUCUGCAUCGUCAGUGAGAUAUUUAAUAUGGAGGGGGAGGUACGAUUUUAUUCAGUUAUUGGGGAUUCUGUUCUGAUUUUACGUUUCUGAGCGUUGAGGAGUGGGGUGCUAGGUUCUCUCCUAAUUAGUGGUGAGGAACCAGUGUGGUGGAUUUUGGGGAGGGUGGGCAAAAUUUUCCUGCUUUAAAUACAUAUACAUUAUAUUACACAUAAUACCCACAACUUGCCAACAACAUGUAGGGGGGGGGGGGGGCGGGCGUCUGUUUACAGUGUGGACAUUAUCAAGCCUCAUUUCAAGCUGAGACGUUGCCUGUUUGUGGAGAGAGGUCAGUCGAGAAACGAUACCUUUCAUCCAUCAGCAGGGUCUAUAUCAGAUUUGGGGGUAUUGUCUGCCCCCUGCUGGCCAAAACUUCCUAAAGCUACCAAAUACUCCAGCACUCCUCGAGCAGAUGUGAUGUCACCGUCUAACAGUGUUACUUUUCUUUCAACACCUCCAUGAAAAUUUUAACAGACUUUUUAUAAAAAUAUAUAUGUGCAAAUAUAUAUAUAUUAUAUCUA